UGCAGAGAACGUAUAUCAUAUUUUACGUUCUCUGGUUUUUAUAAUAAAUCGAAAUGUCAAAAUAUCUCAACAUUGUGAACUGCUCACUGUAAGCAUUCUUGUAAUAUCAGAGAACGUAUAUCAUAUAUAUAUAAUAUACGUUCUCUGGUAAUAUGAGGUUUAUAUUUUAAACGUCAAACCUAUACACAUUUGUUUUCACAACAUUUUCGCGCGUAAAUGCUUUAAAGUGGGGAAAAGUGCGGUGGUUGCAAUAAAUUAUUCGGCGUCAUAACUUUAUUUUUGUGUUCUUUUAUUUGUUUACAACAGCACUUUAUUAAGUUCAAAAACAAAACGUGACGAAAAAACCAAAGUCAUGGCCACUUUAAUUGAGCAAAUGCUAACUAAAAUGGGGCUACGCGACGAGCACAAUAUGCAAAGCAAAACUUUGGAAUUGUUGCGUAUUCUUGAGUUACGUUCCGCUAAUGCGCCACUACAGCUAAAUGAAUAUGCAAAAACAGUGCUCUGCGCGGAUAUUGCAACCACAGUGUUGGGCAUAGCUUGUGAUAUGGAACAAAAUGUUAAGUUAUCCACCUUGCGCAAAUCACAUUACAUCAAACACAAACGUAUGAUUGAAAAAAUCCUAGAUGUUAAUAAAAUCGUCGGCGUGAAUGACAUAUGUGUACAACUAAAUAUGACCGAAGUUUCGCAAAAGGCUGUGGAACUAUUGGAAUGGUAUAAGACUGUUAUGGCGAAAGAAAGUGCCAAUGAUGAAAAUGAUCUAAUCCAUCCUCAGUAUGCAGCAAUGGCCGUUUUCCAAGCUGCCAAAAUUUUAAAACAAAAAUGUUCGAAAGCGAAAAUAAUGAGUUUUAGCAAUUUGCGACCAACCCAAUGGCAACAACUUGAAUUGCGAUGGAACAAAUUUUUAACCAAAUAUUAUAAAGAAACAUCUGAUAAAAAUCAAAGGCUUCGUGUUGGAGAAUUAAAUGAAGAAUCCGAAUCUAAUACAGAGCUUUUGAAAUCGCAAAGUUGUGUAGAAAGUAAAAAACGUUUAGCAUCUUCUGUAGAGGAUUAUGAGAAAUGGAAGAGGCGAAUUUUAGCGAAAGCGCAGGAUCAAUUAAGGUAUCAACUCAAUGAGCAAGAAGAUGAAAUUGGGAUUGAUAAAGAAAAUCUAAUUUUAGGAAUGUAGAAAAUAAAUAAAAAGUAUGUUAAAAUGGUUUUAUAGUAGUAUAUGUGUUUAAUAAUAGACUUAUUAUAUACAUGAUUAUUGUUAAAAGAAGAUUUAAAAAAAUGCGUAUUUUUUUAGAAAACUGAGAAUAUAAUUACUAAUUACUAACUGCUUUGUGUUGAGUGUGUGCUAGUUUGUACAUUUUAAAUAUAGUUUUCCAAUUAUUAAAUAAUUAUAGGUAUACACAUUAUAUAUAGCAUUAGUAUCGGAUUAAAACUAUUAGUGUUGUAUAAUUUAACUAACUACUUGUCAAUCAUUGAAGUCAUCUAAUGCAUUUUGGAUAGUUUUAGUCGUAUUCGCCGACUCUCUAGAAAGUAUCACUUGUUCAAAAUGGUUAAAUAGAAACUCUCCAAUGUCGUGUUUCUCACCAUUCGGUUUGAAAUCUGCAUUAAAUAAUGA